AUGUCGCCCCCAGCUCCGAGGCCGUCAAGACGCGCCGCGACGAGACGGGCGGCCAUUAUCGACUCGGACGACGAGGACGAAAUUGGCAACAUGUCCAAGUUGCGCGCUGACGAGGAGGCCGAAUACACUCCUGAAGCUUCGAGGACAAGUCGACGCCAGACGCGCAGUGGCCGGUCAUCUCUUGCGCCAGCUCCUGCAUCUGCACCACGACGGUCCCUUGCCAAGAAACCAUCCAUCGCAGUUGCGUUCAAUGAGCCAGACGAGCUUGGAGGACAGCUGGAACCAAGUCAGGUCUUGGAUGCCGAUACUGUCGUCCAGCAAACACCUCCCAGAAAGCCAUCACCGAGGAAGAGAAGGAGUGCCGCGAUUAGAGCCUCGACUGCUCCCGCGGAAAACUUGGCGCUCCCGUUGCCACAGCAGACGGAGACUUCGGAGAUAUCCCAGGUUCGUGCAUCACCGCUGGCAGAUAUCACGGCUGUCAGCGUGAAUACGACGCCAAAUGUGGAGGAGACGCAAGCAAACGUCAAACCCAUCAAACCGUUUGACUCUAUUAUGGAUAGACCUAUGGACAUCAUGCUCAAGUCUCGAACGACAACAGUUCCAUCUCUCGAGGAAUCAUCCUCCCCCCCAAAGUCACGGAUUGUGUUGACUCAUUUGAUUUUGAACAACUUCAAGAGUUAUGCUGGUCGUCAGGAGGUCGGCCCGUUCCAUGCGUCCUUCUCAUCUGUUGUUGGACCAAACGGGUCUGGCAAGUCAAAUGUUAUCGACUCUUUACUUUUUGUCUUUGGUUUCAGAGCCAGCAAAAUGCGCCAAGGUAAAAUCUCGGCUCUGAUUCACAAUUCUGCUCAGCACCCGAACUUGGAGUAUUGCGAGGUUGAAGUCCACUUUCACGAGGUCAUUGACAAGCCGACUGGCCCCGAGGUCAAUCUCGACUCGAAGCUCAUCAUCUCUCGAAAGGCUUUCCGCAACAAUACGAGCAAAUACUACAUCAAUGGCAAGGAGUCCAACUUCACCACUGUUACAACGCUACUCAAGGAACAUGGUGUCGAUUUGGAUCACAAGAGAUUCUUGAUCCUGCAAGGAGAAGUGGAGUCGAUCGCUCAGAUGAAAUCAAAGGCCGCCAACGAGCACGAAGAUGGGUUGCUCGAGUACCUCGAGGAUAUCAUUGGCACCUCCAAAUACAAAACUCCCAUCGAGGAGUCGGCGGCGGAGGUGGAAUCUUUGAAUGAUGUCUGCAUGGAGAAGAGCGGGCGUGUGCAACAUGUUGAAAAGGAGAAGAACAGCCUCGAAGACAAAAAAGACAAGGCCCUUGCGUACAUACGCGACGAAAACGAGCUUACCAUGAAACAAUCCGCGUUGUACCAACUGUUCAUUCACGAAUGUAAUGGAAAUAUCGUUGUCACCGAGGAAGCUAUCAACCAGAUGCAGGCCCAGCUCGACGCUGAACUUGAGAAGCACCAAGGCAGUGAGCAGUUCAUCAAGGACCUCGAGAAACAGUACACCAAGGGAACAAGGGAAGUUGAAGCCCAAGACAAGCAGACCCAAAGUUUUGUCAAAGAAGUAGCAAAAUUCGAGCAGGAGCGCGUCAAGUUCGAUGAGAAGCGCAAGUUCCUUGUCGAAAAGCAGAAGAAACUCGAAAGGACCAUCAACAAUGCGCAAAACGCAACCAGCGGAGCGGACGAAGCCGUUGAGGAAAGCAAGCGAGACAUUGAGACGCGAACACAAGAGGUCACUGAGCUCGAGGCACGAGUCAAGACGGAAGAGGCCGAGCUGGCCAACAUCCGAGACAGCCUAAAGGGUAAAACUCAGGCCUUCUCCGACAAGAUUGCAGCCAAGCAAAGGACCCUCGAGCCUUGGAUGGAGAAGAUCAAUCAGAAGCAGUCUGCUAUUGCUGUGGCAGAGAGCGAAAUGGGCAUCCUCAAAGAAAAGGCAAACGCUGGCACUGUCGCAAUUCAAGAGCUCGAAGGCAAGAUUGCAGCUAUCGAAACGGACAAAGCAGCCAAGGCCAAGGAACUCAGAGCUUGCGAGGAAGAGAAAUGUGCGCUUCAGAAGGAGGCCGAAAAAAUGGACUCUGAGCUCGCGAUUUUGGCUCAGCAAGAGCCCAAGAUCCAAGCCAAAAUUUCCAAUUCACGACAAAAGGCUGACGAAGCCCGCUCGAGCCUCGCAAGCACGCAGGCUCGCGGCAACGUUUUGACAGCUUUGAUGCGCAUGAAGGAGUCUGGUCGAAUCGACGGCUUCCACGGACGCCUCGGCAAUCUAGGAACAAUUGACGAAAAGUACGACGUUGCGGUUUCCACAGCCUGCUCAGCGCUUGACAACUUCGUCACUGAGUCAGUCGAGUCUGGUCAGCAGUGCAUUGAGUACCUCAGGAAGAAUAACUUGGGUCGUGGCAACUUCAUCUGCUUGGACAGGCUCAGAUCUCGAGACAUGUCUCCUAUCCAGACACCCGAAAACGCACCACGCCUGUUUGAUUUGGUCAAAGCCAAAGACAAGUUCCGGCCGGCUUUCUACCACGCAAUGCAGGACACCUUGGUGGCCAACGAUUUGGCCCAAGCCAAUCGUAUUGCAUAUGGGGCCAAGAGAUGGCGGGUGGUGACCUUGGCUGGUGAGCUAAUCGACAAGUCCGGCACCAUGUCUGGCGGUGGUACUGCUGUGAAGAAGGGGCUGAUGUCUUCCAAGAUUGUCGCGGACAUCAGCAAGGAGCACGUUGCAAAGCUUGAGGAGGAUCGAGAUCAAUGGGAAGUCAAGUUCCAAGAGUUCCAAGAGUACCAACGUGAAUGCGAAGGUAAACGCAAGGAUCUCGACGAAAAAAUCCCUCAGCUCGAGACAAAGAUUCAGAAGCUCGGCCUCGAGAUCGAGAGUGCGACGCGCAAUCUCUCGGACGUAAAGAAACGCAUCAAGGAAGUAAGCCAAGUGCAUCAGCCAUCCGCAUCAGACUCAUCUCGUGUCGCCGCUUUGGAGAGGGAGAUUGCGAAGCUAAACGAGGAAAUUGAGCAGCUCCACGGGGAGACUGCCAGUGUGGAGGAAGAGAUCAAGGCCCUGCAGGAGAAAAUCAUGGAAGCCGGCGGAGAGAAAUUGCGAAGCCAGCGUGCCAAGGUCGACGAGCUCAAGGAGCAAAUCAACUCCCAUAAUGAGGAGAUGUCGAAUGCCGAAGUCCGCCGAGUCAAGGCGGAGAAGCAAGUAGUCAAGUUUGCAAAGGACAUUGCCAAGGCCAAUAAAGAGCUGGAAAACGCUGUGCUAGAGCUAGAAAAACUCGAAGCCGACGUCAACAACCAGGGAGAGAAAUCUGACGAGCUGAAGGCCCGGGUCAAGGACGCAGAGGCAGAUUUGGCGUCAAGAAGGGAAGAGCUCCGAGCGUUCAAGAAGGAGCUUGAUGCCAAGACCGCAGAGCUCAACAAAAGUCGCGCCGUGGAGAUUGAAAUGCGGAACAAACUGGAGGAAAACCAAAAGACUUUGGCUGAGAAUGAAAAGAGACAUCACUAUUGGGAAGACAAGCUGUCGAAACUAGUCUUGCAAAACGUCGAGGACCUCAUUUGUGCUCCCGGCCCUUCCGAACAGGCUGUUGAGGCUGGGCAGCCCGGAAAGCGAGAAAGCUCCUCGGCCUCGGACGAGGACGUGGAAAUGGCUGAAUCUGAAGCGGACGCCCAAGACGCCAGCAUGGCCGAUGGCUCUGUGGCAGAAAAGUCCACGGACGGGGACCCAAACAAGCCGGUUUACGAACUGCCCAGAUACACCCCGGAUGAACUGGCAGACAUGAGCAAGGAGACUCUGAAGGGCGAGAUAGCUGCACUGGAGGAGAAGACGCAGAACGCCAGCGUCGACCUUGGCGUUUUGGCCGAGUACCGCCGCAGAGUGGAGGAGCACGCUGCCCGAUCCUCAGAUCUACAAGCAGCAAUCAAUCGGCGAGACGCGGCAAAGAAGCGUUGUGACGACCUCCGAAGACGACGACUGGAGGGUUUCAUGGAGGGUUUCAGCGCCAUCUCGCUCCGCUUAAAAGAGAUGUACCAGAUGAUCACGAUGGGGGGUAACGCAGAGCUGGAGCUCGUGGACAGCCUGGAUCCGUUCAGCGAAGGUAUCCUCUUCAGCGUGAUGCCUCCGAAGAAGAGCUGGAAGAACAUCGGCAACUUGUCUGGAGGUGAGAAGACGUUGAGUAGCUUGGCUCUAGUCUUCGCCCUGCAUCACUACAAACCCACGCCACUGUAUGUCAUGGACGAGAUUGACGCCGCGUUGGAUUUCAGAAACGUCUCCAUUGUUGCCAAUUACAUCAAGGAGCGAACAAAGAAUGCUCAGUUCAUCGUCAUAUCCUUGAGAAACAACAUGUUCGAACUGGCCGCCCGCUUGGUUGGAGUCUACAAAGUCAACCACAUGACCAAGAGCGUUACUAUCGAGAACAAGGACUACAUCGACCGACCGCAGCCACAACAGCGGCCGCCGCAGACGGGCACUGGGUUCACUACAACACUGGCCCUCAGAUGA